AUGUCGCUCAACACUUCCCACACCCCCGAUGGACAUGGAGUCUUGAUCUACAACGGAGAAAUGAUUCUCCUCUACACCACAAACGUCAAACUGAAGUUCGAGAAGUACAAUGUUCCCGCGUUCAAGUCAACGAAAUCGGGAGCUCUCUAUCUUACUUCACACAGAAUCAUCUUCAUGAAUGACAGCAAGAAGGAUGAGCUCAAAUCAUUCGCAAUGCCCUUCCACUCCGUCAGAGAUGUGAAACUCGAACAGCCGCUUCUCACUCCAAACUACCUUAAGGGAUGGGUUACACCAAUGCCCGGAGGAAACUUCGAAGGAUGUCCGGAGUGGCGCCUGUCGUUCCCAAAAGGAGGAUGCAUCGAGUUCGGAGAAGCACUUCUUCGUGCUGCUGACAUGGCAUCACGCGCCCGUCCAUUUGCUGCUCCUCCAGCAUAUGCUCCUGCUAAUAUGCAACAACAAUCAGCCACCACUUACUACGCAGCUCCUCCGACGUACUACUUGGUUCAAGGAAGCUACCAAGGAUUCCAAGCACCGACUCACACCUUCCCAGAACGUCCACCAGCGCAAAAUGUAUACGUCUACGAUAUGCCACCACCGUACCCAGGUAUCGGACAAACGAAUCCAUACCCUGCUGGACAAUUCCAACCAGCUGGAACGGUGCAAUAUCAAAACAUUGGAGCAUACCCAGGAAUGCCGGGACAACCAGGUCAACCCCAACCACCGCAACAACCGGGACAGUACAACCCGUACCCAACUAAUCAACCACCACAGCCCGGAUUCAAUGUUGGACAAGGAGCUGCUCCAAGCGCAUCUGGUCUCCCACAAUACCAACAGCUUCAGCAACAAUCGAGUGCCCAGCCACCAGCAUACAAUGCCUACCAAGAAGCUCCACCACUUCCUUCCAAGAAUGGACCCCUGUAA